AUGGAUCAAACUAUGGAUCAUUCACUCAUAGAGAGUGAGCGGGAGUAUGUGGAGUUUCUGGACGAAACGGAUGAGUAUAAGGAUCGCAUCAAUUCAUUAAUCACUCGUGAUGGCAUUCGUUUGAUGGUCAACAUUAAUGAUUUGCGCCGUCAGAAUUCUGGAAGAGCUAAAAAGCUUUUAGAAAAUACCUGCUCAGAGAUAGUUGCUUGUCAAAGAGCAGUUAAGAAGUGCAUUCAAAACACAAACCCAGAUUUUGCGAAGACAAAGCAUGAGUUUUUUGUUGGUUUUGAAGGAAGUUUUGGAUCUCGACAUGUGACACCUCGUACUCUUAAUUCGAAACUAUUAGGAAAUAUGGUUUGUUUAGAAGGCAUAGUAACAAAAGCAUCACUUAUCCAUCCAAAAGUUGUAUGCAGUGUACAUUACUGUCCAGCUACGAAGAAAACUAUUGAACGUCGGUAUGCUGAUUUGACAAGCUUGGAGCCAUAUCCAUUUGUUGGAGCAUAUCCAACGAAAGAUGAUGAGGGGAAUUUGUUGGAAACGGAAUAUGGACUAUCGGUUUACAGUGAUCAUCAAACAAUUACAAUUCAAGAAAUGCCAGAAACUGCUCCUGCUGGUCAAUUGCCUCGUUCCAUUGAUGCAUUGCUCGAUAACGACUUGGUGGAUGCUGUUCAACCUGGUGAUAGAGUGCAAAUUGUUGGUCAUUAUCGUUGCUUGCCAGGAAAGAAAAACGGAUUUACCACUGCGAAUUUUCGUACUGUAAUUAUUGCGAAUAAUGUACAGUCACUCAGCAAAGAAACUGGUCCAAGUUUUUCAGAGAAAGAUAUUAGUAUGAUGCGAUUAAUUUCAAAACGUAAUGAUGUUAUUAGUCUUUUAACUCGUUCCAUUGCACCAUCAAUUUGUGGCCAUGAGCAUAUCAAGGAAGCGAUUCUUUGUUACUAUUGGGAGGUGUCGAACGUCAACUUACUAAUGGUUCUCGUAUCCGUGGUGACAUAA